UGCCCGCGCCGGCGGCCCCGCGCCUGAGCCGGCCCAUGGCCCCGCGCCCCGCGCGCCCGCGGCCCCCGCCGGCACGGACCUGCUGGACGGCGCCGGCCGGCCCGCCGACGCCAUGCAGCGUGGGACGGCGCCCCGCAGGACGGUCUACCGCAUCUCCGUGACCAUGGUCAGCAAGGAGCCGCUGGCCGCGCCGCGCCCGGCCCGCCCGCCGCGGCCCGCGCGCUCCCCCGACGCGCCCGGCCGGCUGCCCGAGGAGGCCGAGGAGGCCGCGGGGGGCGCGGGGGGUGGCGGCCCGCCCGCCUGGCCCCCGCGCACCUUCCGCACGCGCAGCACCGGGCAGCUGGAGCUGGGCCGCCUGCGGCCGUGCGCGCGCAGCCCCGAGCCCGCGCCCGAGCGGACGGUCAGCCCCGACGGGGAGGCCCCGCUGCGCCGCAGCCGGAGCGCCCGGCUCGGGCGCGAGCCCCACGCGGCCCCGGACCCCGACCCGGACCCGGACCCGGACGCGGACGCGGGCGCGGGCGGCGGGCGGCGCCGCGGCAGCUCGGGGGGCCCGGCCUGGCGCGCGCCGCGCGGCGAGCCCCAGCCCGAGCCCGGGGCCGCCCCCGACCCCGCGGGCCCCGCGGAGAAGCGCAACACCCUGGACGUGGGCGAGGUGCUGAGCCAGAGCGAGGCGCUCUCGGGGCUGGAGCGCUGGCGGCGCAGCCAGAGCAGGAACCGCACGCUGGACAACAGCGACCUGCAGCGGCUGGAGCGCGCGCGCGCCGCGUCCGAGCACCGCCUGCUGCGCUUCCUCAGCGGCAUCUUCGCGCGCAGGGACGGCGCGCCCGGCGGGCCCGGGCCCCGCGGCGCCAGCUCCCGGCCCCGCGCCUACUUCAGCAGCCUGCGGCGGCCCCCGGCCGACGCGCACUCGUCCAGCGCCGAGAGCAUCGAUGGGUCGCCGCGCAGAGACGCCUUUGUGAACAGCCAGGAAUGGACGCUGAGCCGCUCGGUCCCGGAGCUCAAAGUGGGGAUCGUGGGUAACCUGGCCAGCGGGAAGUCGGCCCUGGUGCACCGGUACCUGACGGGCACCUACGUCCAGGAAGAGUCUCCGGAAGAUAUGGACGCAGGUGGGCGCUUCAAGAAGGAGAUCGUGGUGGACGGACAGAGCUACCUGCUGCUGAUUCGGGACGAAGGGGGACCCCCGGAAGCACAGUUCGCCAUGUGGGUGGACGCCGUCAUCUUCGUCUUCAGCCUGGAGGACGAGAUCAGCUUCCAGACCGUGUACCACUACUACAGCCGCAUGGCCAACUUCCGGAACACCAGCGACAUCCCCCUGGUCCUGGUGGGCACCCAGGACGCCAUCAGCUCCAACAACCCGCGGGUCAUCGACGACUCCCGCGCACGCAAGCUCUCCAGCGACCUGAAGCGCUGCACCUACUACGAGACGUGUGCCACGUACGGGCUCAACGUGGAGCGCGUCUUCCAGGACGUGGCUCAGAAGAUCGUCGCCACCAGAAAGAAGCAGCAGCUGUCCAUCGGGCCCUGCAAGUCUCUGCCCAAUUCCCCCAGCCACUCGGCCGUGUGCUCCGCCCAGGUGUCUGCCGUGCACGUCAGCCAGACGAGCAACGGCGGCGGCAGCCUGAGCGACUACUCGUCGUCGGUGCCAUCCACGCCCAGCACCAGCCAGAAGGAGCUGCGCAUCGACGUCCCGCCCACGGCCAGCACGCCCACGCCUGUGCGCAAGCAGUCCAAGCGCCGCUCCAACCUCUUCACGUCUCGGAAAGGGAGUGACCCAGACAAAGAGAAGAAAGGCCUGGAGGGCCGGGCGGACAGCAUCGGGAGCGGCCGAGCCAUCCCAAUUAAGCAGGGCAUGCUGCUGAAGCGGAGCGGCAAGUCUCUGAACAAGGAGUGGAAGAAGAAGUACGUCACCCUCUGCGACAACGGGGUGCUCACCUACCACCCCAGCCUGCAUGACUACAUGCAGAACGUCCACGGGAAGGAGAUUGACCUGCUGAGGACGACGGUGAAGGUCCCGGGGAAGCGGCCCCCGCGCGCCACGUCGGCCUGUGCGCCCAUCUCCAGCCCCAAAACCAAUGGGCUGGCCAAGGACAUGAGCAGUUUGCACAUCUCGCCCAAUUCAGGGAAUGUCACUAGCGCAUCAGGGGCGCAGCUGGCCAGCGGCAUCAGCCUGGUGUCCUUCAACAGCCGACCAGACGGCAUGCAGCAGAGGUCCUACUCCGUGUCCAGCGCUGACCAGUGGAGCGAGGCCACGGUCAUUGCCAACUCAGCCCUCAGCAGCGACACGGGGCUGGGAGAGUCCCUGUGCUCCAGCCCCAGCGUUUCCAGCACCACCAGCCCCAAGCUCGACCCGCCCCCGUCCCCCCACGCCAACAGAAAGAAGCACCGGAGGAAGAAAAGCACCAGCAACUUCAAAGCCGACGGUCUCUCGGGCACAGCCGAAGCCAAACGCAAGGCCUGGAAGCUGAACCGUGUUGGCAGCCUGCGAAACAUAUACAGCAGCAGCGCCAACACCGAAGAGCAAGAGGAGAACUUCGAGCUCAUCAUCGUCUCCCUGACGGGCCAGACGUGGCACUUUGAAGCCACCACGUACGAGGAGCGAGACGCGUGGGUGCAGGCCAUCGAGGGCCAGAUCCUCGCCAGCCUGCAGUCCUGCGAGAGCAGCAAGAACAAGUCCCGACUCACCAGCCAGACGGAGGCCAUGGCCUUGCAGUCCAUCCGGAACGUCCGAGGCAACAACCGCUGCGUGGACUGUGACGCCCAGAAUCCCAACUGGGCCAGCCUGAACCUGGGGGCCCUCAUGUGCAUCGAGUGCUCGGGCAUCCACCGGAACCUGGGCACCCACCUCUCGCGCGUGCGCUCCCUGGACCUGGACGACUGGCCCAUGGAGCUCAUCCGGGUGCUGUCGGCCGUCGGGAACGAGCUGGCCAACAGCGUGUGGGAAGACAGCGGUCAGGGCCGCAUGAAGCCGGCGCUCGACUCCACCAGGGAGGAGAAGGAGCGCUGGAUCCGGGCCAAGUACGAGCAGAAGCUGUUCCUGGCGCCGCUGCCCUGCUCGGAGCUGAGCCUGGGCCAGCACCUGCUGCGGGCCACGGCCGACGAGGACCUGCGCACCGUCAUCCUGCUGCUGGCGCACGGCUCCCGCGAGGAGGUCAACGAGACGUGCGGGGAGGCGGACGGGCGCACGGCGCUGCACCUGGCCUGCAGGAAGGGCAACGUGGUCCUGGCGCAGCUGCUCAUCUGGUACGGGGUUGACGUCAUGGCCCGCGACGCGCACGGGAACACGGCGCUGGCCUACGCGCGGCAGGCGGGCAGCCAGGAGUGCGUGGACGUCCUGCUGCAGUACGGCUGCCCCGACGAGCGCUUCGUGCUCAUGGCCACCCCCAACCUCUCCCGGAAGAACAACAACCGCAACAACAGCAGCGCGAGGGUCCCCACCAUCAUCUGACCCGGGCGGGCGCCCGGCCACGCCCCCGCCCGUCCCUCACCGCGCUCCUCCCCCGCCUCCCCAGGGAACCCACGGCCAGGCCGCCGGUCCUCGCGGGGCGCGGAGAGCAGCAGCCGGGUGGCUGCAGGACGGACUCCACACCCCCAGACCCUGGGGGGCCACGCAGGGACCCCCCCACGGGGUCGUCGUCGAUAGCACACGGCGGCGGCGGCAGCGACAGCAGCGACGCGCCCCGAGACAGCUCAGCACAAGGGGACGAGAAGGGGGAGGGGGGAGGAGCAAGCAGAGGAAGGGGUGAGGCCCCCCGAACCGGCGGCGAAGCACACGGGCGCUCUCACCUCACCUCGCGUUCCGCCCGGGUCUCGUCUCCCCGCCAGGAGCCUGACGGCAUAAAUCAGGAGCAAGCAGAGUUUGUCAGGUCUGAAGCUCCUAUGAUGGUGUGUGUCAAAUCAGUUGUAGCUAAUCUGUCCGCGGAGAGUAGCGGCUUCAUUACACUCCGUGGCUGAGCUCUUCCCGCAUUACCGCUGUUUAAUAGAACAUGAUUAGUCAUCACGGAAGGAAGCGUAUUAGGCGAGGAGCUAGUCACGCCGCACGCUCCGCUGGCCGCGGGAUGUGAUUGCGCGGCUCGGAGAAGCACCAUAUUAUCCCAGACAUGUUCUGGCGAGCCCUCGGAGCCCUCCUUUCUAAAUUCACUGUCAUAAUUUAGUAUCUGUUUAAUUUUUCAGUCCAAAGAGAGGAGAUGAGCUCCCAAGUGUUAUUUGACGCCCGUCUCCUUGGUGCAAAGAGAGGAGGGAAAAAAAAAAAAAGAAAGGAAACGAUAAAUAAGAGUGCGUGGGAAAUUUCAAAGGGGCGCGCUCAGAGGACGUUCCCUACGCCCAGUGAGCCCCGACGGCUCUUUCUCCCCAACGCAAGAGAGACGGUAUUUCCUUUGGGUCCAAGGACACCCUGGGUCUCUGUCCCCCUGGGACCCCCACAGCCCAAAUCACACAGGCUCCUGUAUUAUGUCUUUAGAUAAAAUGUGUGAAAAUCUAUUUGAAUAAAAGAAGUUCAUAAAUAUGCAUUGAUUUUUGUACAGACAAAUGGCACCUCUGUUAAUUUAUAAAUUGAACUGGAUGUGAACUAAUAAUGUGCAACUAGUUGAGAUAAAGGGUUACAGAUCAUUGUACAUGGAAAAUAUUCCCAGCAGUAAACACUUCCAUUAAUGUGAUCUACAGCUUCGGAGAGGAACAUAUCAGAGCAAGAUGGUGGCACAAUUUGCUUAUUAAAAUUGAGAAAGAGGAAAAAAAUAGACACGGGGCGUUCUGGAGGGGAGGGGAGAGGCGAGUGGUUUCUCAUUAUCGAGAGCGGGACUGGGUCGGGCCCCGCAGCCGUCAGCGCCCGGCUGCAGGGGGGUGUGCAGUGGCCCGGCCCCUGGCGGGGGGGGGGGGGGGGGCGGGCUUGGCAAAGACCAGGACGUGCUGCUGGGGCGCAGGGCCCGCGGUGGCCCGGCCUGUGUCCCGGGAGCCAGCCCGACUGAGCAGCCGCCACACCACAUCCUGCGGGCCGGGCGUCCUGUUCUCCUCAAGCAAGGAGACGCCCCAGAGGGCGGGGCUGGCCAGUGUCCCCCGCGCCCGGCGGGUGCUCGGAUCUGGGGCUCCCAUGAGUCCGAGCUCCCUGCCCCUGCCCGGGGUGCAUUUGUGUUCCAUCGCUGUGCAGUUCCCCAGCCCUGGGCGGCGCCCGGCCGUGUAUAUGAGCGUGUACAUAUUGUUAUACGUGUGUAUAAUAGACUAUUUUCCCAAGCGACUUAUUUUUCACUUCACCUUCACCCCGGAGCCUGGCUUUCCUCCUUCCCCCCGCCAAGCAGCCUCAUCCCACUGCUCCGAGCCUCGAGCCCAGGGUCCGGGCAGGAGGAGGUGGAAGAGGGUCUCCCCGUUUCUGUGAAAACCAAGGCCACUCACGGGUGAAGCCCCUCGGAGCGGGGUUGCUCCAGCGGGGCUGAACGUGGGACCCGUGACCUUCCUCCCUGGGGAAGCCCCCGAGAGCCUGGCGUGGGGGUCGCGAGAGGGGCGGGGCCUGGGGCUGUGUGCAGAGCUGCAGGCCGCGAGGGGCAUGUCUGACAUCAGGGUGCCCUCGCGCGAGCCCGGGGCCGGACACGUGGGGAGUGAGUCACGUAAGGACACACGUGCAGAGCCGGAGCCAGAACACGGCCCUCCACACCUGCCCCCGGGCACUGUGCCGGGGCCUGGAUGACACCCGCCAUCCCCCUCCCUGAGGUGCUGGAGAGGGACACGGGGCCCUGCCUGCGGGGAGCACGAGCUCCCCAACAGAGCCGCUGUCCCCCCGUGCGGGAGUCCCCCCGUCCCCGAGACCAGCCCCGCGUCCACCCCGGCUCUGCACAGUGCCCAUGCAGGCCCCACCCUUGCCUCUCCCUUUUGAGAUGGGGGUGCCGCAGCAUCCCCCCGCCCCAAUCCCCGCUGACAGCUGCCAGGGGCCUGGUACACCCAUCCCCUCAAGCCUUCCUCCUUGGGGUUUAGAAUGUUCUGGAAGCUCCUGACCCAGGGAAGCCUUGGUGCUAGGAGAGGUUGGUGGCUCCCAGCAGCCCCAGAGACGUUUGGAAAAGCUGGUCGGGAUCUCCUGGGGCUGUCCCGCCGCUUCCCUCCCUCGGCCCCAGAGCCAGAAACCCCCAGGCUGUGUCUGUCCCCGGAGGGGCGUCCGUCUGGCUGCCGGGUGGGACCUUCUCCAGGUGCCUCAACCCCGUGAGAUGACAGGGGAGGCACGUGCUCACAGGACCCCUCCCCGCUCAGCAGGAGGGCGCAGAGGAAGGGGGACCCCAGGCCCCCUUGGUCUCCCUCGAGGUGGGGGCUGCUUUAUGAACAGAUGAGCCUUGGGCCAGUUGAAAUCAGAGCGGGGGGAGAUAGACCCUCAAACACCCGGGUUCCGGAAUUAUUUUGGACCCGCGGCCCAGGGCCAGCUGAGCCCGCCCUGCCCCGCCCCCCGCAGCACUCCCGAGGGUCUCACUCGCCAGCCCGGGGGUUGGCUUACAGCUUUGGGGUCUGGGCCUGCCCAGGGGUCCCUGCCAGAAGGGCACUGGGUUCAGCCAUGAUGGAAUAUUUCAGCUCGGCAUAAGCCCAGGGGAGACCCUCGCCCCAGGCCCCUGUGGCCACGGGUGAGGGGGUCUGGGUGUGAGGGGGCGGGUGGGGUGGGGGACCCCCAGGGGCAGCUUGAGGCCAGCCCCCACGGUGCCCCGGGCUUCCUGGCAGACUCACGACCCUUGGGGGGCAGGAUGUCGCCCCCAUACCACCCAGGAACUCAUGGGAGGUGGCAGUGUCGGGCUCCACGGGGCAGGGGGUUCCCCCACCCCCCAGUGACCCACCUCAGGCAAAGGCGCCAGUGGGCAGCCGGCCAGAGCACCCCUCUCCGCUCUGCACCCGCAUUCCCCACCCACCAGGCACACUCGGUCCUGCUGGCUCUUCGGGCCGGAGGUCAUGCCUCUAUCCCCAGCAGGACCCGCCUCCCCGCCCAGGCUCCCUCCUGGGGGUCCAUGGGACAUGGCACGAAGUGACCGGGGCACCCGCAUCAGCUUCCCAGAGGCCGAGUUCCAUCCGCCCACCGGGACCACAGGUCAGCUCCGACCUGAGCCCUGAGCCCCCCCACGCCGGAGCCCGUGUCUGGCACAGGCCGGCUUCUCCCGGCGGACCCCCACCCAGCCGCACCCCGAGGCCACUGUCCCGCAGGCCCAUCCGUGGCCUUGAAUGUGGGGUGUGUUUCGGGCGGGCGGGGGCGGCGUGUCAGGGGACGGGGACCCUCCGUGUGUGUCGGUAAAGACCCGUGUAGGACACUGGGGCAUGGCCCGCGUCGGCGCGCACAUUUAAUUUUAUUUGGGGGGAUUGUUUUCUAUUACCUCGUUCAGCAAGUUUAUGUCCCCCGUGACUCACCGAGGCUUUAUUUAUAUUGUUUGUACUGUAACUAAAAGCGGUGACAGACAUUUCACUUGGCUUGUUCCUCCCCACGACCUUGUUUGGAUUCGCUAUGCCAGUUUGUACUCCUGCCCUGGGGUUCGCUGUACAGUGUUCGGCAGGGAAGGCGGGAGGCUUUCUAAUAAAGAGGUGAACUGGA